GUUCGCCGCGAAUUCGCGUCGGCGGGGCAAGGGAGGCGAAAGGGCGGCCAGUAGGGGUUGCGGACCCAAGACGCGAGGGAGUACGAUCAGUGCCGUCGAGUUUCGCGAGCGGUGUCCUUCGCGUCUCGCCAAUAGCCAAGAGGAGAGACACAGUCCGUUGUACUCUCUUCUCUCAGUGUGUUUUGCUAUAGAUAUCCUACAGGGAAAAAUUAACGACUGCGUUCAAGAUGUGACGUAGGCUACAACUCUGCUCAUUUUCGAAUGAUGGAUACGCUCUUAGAUAUAACGCAUUGGCGCGUAACGGGAUCUAAAGACAACAGCACGAAUCCGAGAUUCGUCGAACACAAUCUCACCUGUAGACACCCGUAGUUCCCUUCAACCUCACCGUUGCGGCAAUUUUGCAACGUGUUCGGUUUGCACAAGUCGCAGAGUGAUGCGGGUGCCAACGUUUGUCAUCAUCGGCCGAGUUCAACGACAUCGUAACGACGAUGAUAGUGAUGAUGAUGGUGAUGCUACCAGAAGAGAAACGCACCGAGUCCGUCUCCAGCGACGCACGUUGCCCGUGAUGACAAAACUGCGUUGUGCGUAGUCAUACAGUUAAAUUGUACGUAAUACGCAGAGACGUACAUCGCGUAUCAAAGAGGUCAGUGAAAAUGCUAUGCUUGGACAUGAAGCUCGUUUCGCGACUACGAGGGACUGCCGCCUCUGCUACUAAUACCUCGCCGACGACGCAUCCGGCGACGAGCGCAGUUUCACCGUCCUUGAGUUCCACGGAUAAGAUUAAGUCUCGCAAAGCGAGACGCGAGAGCGGCGAGGCCGCCGUACCGAUUACGACCAGCGAUAGCGAAGAGGAAUUGUUGCGACCCGGUUCGUGCGUCCAGGAGAUGAAUCGCAGAAGCAGAUCCAGAUCGGUGUGCGUGACGACGAUCCUGCCGUCCUCGCAGCUCAGGCAGCUGCAUCGGCGCGCCAGUCAUGUAUCCACCACGGACGCGAUAACGAGGCGAGGAGUCCUAUCGAGACGAUGCUACGGAAGUGUCGAAAUGUUGCCGCAGAUCGAGCAAGACGGCGCCGACAAUGGCAGAAGAUUUCGAGUGGAGAACGGGGAUUCCCCUGGAGAAAAAGAAGAGAUGUUUGGUUCGCCGAGUACGCCGAUACUAGAAAACCCGGAGUACCAAACGCGUUGGUACUUUAAAUACUUUCUGGGCAAACUGCAUCAAAAUUACAUUGCUUCCGAUCAAGAGAGAAAUCCUCUCUUCCUCUCAGUAGUCACAAGCGAAGUCGGUGAUCAAUGCGUACCGCACUACAGAGUUAUUUUAUGGAGGCGAACUGGCGCGCAGAAAAUAUCGUUGCCGUAUUCGGCGAACAAGACAAUGACUAUCAGGCAGAUCCUCAGCAAUUUUUUCGGUCUGGAGAAACUCGAUAAGGUGCCGCGAGAAGUUUUCACGCCCGAACUUCAAAAGGAUCUAUUGCUGCUCGAGGAACAAGAAGGCUCGGUGAACUUCAAGUUUGGCGUAAUUUACGCGAGAGAAGGUCAGACCACCGACGAUGAGAUGUUGUCUAACGAAAGAGGUAGCCCGGGCUUCGAGACCUUCCUGGAGAUCCUGGGUGAGCGAAUACGGCUCAAAGGCUGGGACAAAUACAGGGGCGGCUUGGAUGUGAAAGGAGAUAUGACCGGCAAGGAAAGUUACUACACGGUUUAUGCAGGUCACGAAGUUAUGUAUCACAUUAGCACGAUGUUACCGUAUUCAAAGGAUAAUCCGCAGCAGCUAGAGAGGAAGAGACACAUCGGCAACGAUAUCGUCAACAUCAUCUACGCGGAUGAUCCGUCAGCUGUGGAUACAUUCAAUCCGAACUGCAUAAGAAGCCAAUUUACCCACGUGUUCGCCGUGGUGACGACCGAGGCGAACGGCAAGGGGUGGCGGGUUGCUAUUUACUGCGACGAGAACGUACCCCUAUUCGGUCCGAGCCUACCCUGCCCGCCGGUAUUCGAGGAUCCGUAUAAUCUUCGAGAAUUUCUUCUCGUUAAAAUGAUCAACGGCGAGAAGGCUACGUUCGACACCCCGACAUUCUCCAGAAAAAGGGAGAGAACCCUCGACGCCCUAUUGCGAGAUAUGUACCAGGAGCACUCGCAGGAGAGCAAGAGCAACAGCAUGCUAAAUCGGCGAGCGCUCUCAGACGUCGUCGAGGCGCCGGGUCGACGUCGAGAGGAGACACGUGCAGUCGAGAUGGUGCGAGUCGGGCAAGCCUUGAAGCUGGAAGCUAUUAUGCGCGGUCUCGCGCCUACGUCUCUUGCCACCGUCGGCCCCCUGAAACACGAGGUUGUUUGCGGUGAUGUCUGGCUGGAGAAUAGACUGAUCCUCGCCUCGGAGAGCGGAACGUUUCUCAUCGAAGACGGACUCUCGCACAGAUUGAUCUUCGACGAGUCGGUGCAGAUCAAGCAACUGGACGUAGUCGAGCAGCACGGGAUACUCUUGUUCCGCGCCAGCGAUAAGGGCAAGGAAAACAGCGUGUAUGUUUUCCGGCUACGCGAGUUCGAGAGCGACGCGUCCGCGAGAUGCGCCGAGCUGUUCAACGAUCGCGACAGCGAGGAAACGCGGGAGAAGGAGGAGAACGACGUCGACGACGAGGACGCCGAGGACGACGACGAUGACUGCGACGAGGACGACGCCGACGAGUGCGACAAUUUUACCCGCGCUACCGCCCGAUUUCAGCCGGUGACGCGUUCACGGGCGCGGGCGCGCGUUCGCGCUCCGGCCGUCAGGAGCCGGGCUCAUAUAAAGGAGAGGAAACUACGGCGUACGCGAGGAUGUCACUUGUACAGCAUCACCAGGGCCGGAGGCUCGCACCUACGCAUGUGCGUAGUCGUCGGCCGCCGACUGACGGUCCUUCAGUGGAAGCACAACGCGGCCUGGACCAUCUGGUGCUCGUCAGCUGACACCGACACCAUCGAUGGUUUCUUGCCGCUGAAAGAAUUCACCGCGAGCGAGACACCCACGUUGGUGACCAUGAUAGAAAGCACCGAUCCGACGAACGAGUGGACGCUGUGCUGCGGCGCCCGCCAUCACUUUGAGUUGAUCUCCGCGUGCGGAGUUUCGAGGAUCGUCCAUCUAGAGGCGACGCCUAAGCCGCAUUUGGUGGCGGCGUUGGAUCUUCGCGAAGACGAGGAGCCGGAAUUAAUACUUUGUUACAACAAUACAUGUCACUUUCAAAAACUGAUGGAAGAGAACGCUGCGCCGACCGAGUUCGACUUCAAUUGGAAUUCGGUGCCGAUAGCCGUAGCCUGUGCCUUUCCAUACGUGAUCGCCUUCACCAACGACACGAUGGAGAUUCGACUGAUAAUAAAUGGCAAUCUGGUUCACACUAUUGCUAUGCCGAAUAUCAACUUGAUCACUUCGAAGCGGGAUAUAUUCUUUGCGACCACGGCUCCGGAAUUCUUUCCGGGAAAAUGCGAGCGAAUUCGAUUGGAUUCGAAACCUCUCGAGAAGGAGGAGAUGCCGUGCAGCCCACCGCCCACCAUACAAUCUUCAUCCUCCUCUCGAUCGACUUUUCAAAACAGUCAGGGUGAUUGGAAACCGAUAAGAAUCUAUCGGAUACCUCUGCAGACGCUGUCGAGAAACGCGGGGUCCAACUGCAGCCAGAGGAGAUGCCCGAGUCCCGCGGAACCGGAAAUCGUUUCCGCACCACCCACCACGGACCGCACCUUCCUGAACGUCGAGCCGCAGCGUGCGUUCAGCAGAUCCUGCAGCAGCAGUCCUACACCCACACCGACCACGAAUCGCUAUAAUUGCUAUAAUUGUUGGCGCUCGCCAAACGAUUACGUUAGUCCCGCGAUCCUUCGCAGAAUCGAUCGAUCGCGAAAAAAAGAAAAAAAGACCGAAGUCGUGUAG